AUGACUAACAUUCUAAUACAACAAGUUGCGCAAAACAGCCCUGAGGAAGUGGAAGUUCAAUACGACAAUGUCUCCGAGACAAGCGAAAAGCGAGGAACGCGCGCCGAUAUAGCCGCGAUGUGGAAAAUGGGCAAGACUCAAGAGCUUGUUCGUAACUUCCACUUCGUCUCUAUUCUGGGAUUUUCCAUGAUUCUUAUGGCAAGCUGGGAGACUAUACUUGGCACAGCAGGUAUCGGUCUAAUCGACGGUGGAACAGCAGGGAUGAUUUGGACAUAUCUUAUUGUUUGGAUCGGCUUCCUCUGCGUUAACACCUCAAUGGCAGAAAUGGGCUCCAUGGCACCGACAUCCGGUGGCCAGUACCACUGGGUGAGUGAGUUCGCUCCACCGCGGUUCCAAAAGUCUUUCAGCUACAUGAUCGGCUGGCUUUGUGUUCUGGGAUGGCAGACUGGCGCUGGAAAUACAGCAUUCCUUGCAGGUACGCAGAUUCAGGGCUUGAUUGCGCUAAACAUCCCGGAUUAUCCUUUCAAGGCGUGGCAUGGGACGUUGCUCGUAUUUGCUGUUUCGGCGUUCAACCUUGUCUUUAACACCUUUUGGGUCAAGAAGCUUCCCAUUAUCGAAGUGGCAAUUCUUUUCAUCCAUAUUCUGGGCUUCUUUGCAGUUAUUGCGGUGCUAUGGGCCACUGGUCCAAUUAGGGAUGUCCAUGCUACCUUUACAACGUUCAACGACUACGGCGGCUGGAACAACACUGGUCUCGCAACUCUCUCAGGCAUGGUAACGGUUGUUCUACCUCUGCUUGGAGCUGACGGAGCUGUUCAUAUGUCGGAAGAAGUGCGCGACGCCGCUAAGACUAUCCCAAAAAUCAUGAUCUGGACAACGCUCGCGAAUGGUGCAAUGGGAUUUGUCAUGCUAAUCACGUUCUGCUCUGUCAUUGGGAGCAUUGAUGAUGCAUUGGCAUCUCCAACAAAGCAACCAUACCUAUACGUGUUCUACAACUCCACAGGUUCCGUCGCUGCAGCAUCUAUCCUAGGUGCUCUCGUCAUUCUCAUGACGAUGUUCUGCAAUCUUUCGAUUACAGCAACGAAUUCGAGACAGUUGUUUGCGUUUGCGAGGGAUAAAGGCGUGCCUUUCCAUGAGACGUUUGCAUACGUACCACCGAAGUGGAACGUUCCUAUCAACGCCGUAUGCGUCUCCUUCGCGGUCUCUUGUCUGAUGUCUCUCGUCAAUCUCACCUCGUCGGUCGCGCUCCUUAAUAUUGCCUCUUUGUCUACCUGCGCUAUCAUGGCAUCCUACAUCGUCUCAAUAUCGUGCAUCGCCUUAAAACGUAUACGUGGCGAGCCGCUACCGCCAUCAAAGUUUAGCCUUGGUCGCAUGGGGCUUGCCAUGAAUAUGGCUUCAAUUUUGUUCUUGAUAUUUGUGUUUGUAUUUUCCUUUUUCCCUAGCGGACCGAAACCUACAGCGGCAGGUAUGAAUUGGGGUUGUGUUGUACUUGGUGGUACGGUGCUAUUUGCGGUUGGCUAUUAUUUUGCGAAGGGAAGAGACGUGUACGUGGGACCGGUGGAGUACAUGAGGAAGGCGGAUUGA